CAACCAGUUGAACUGCAACCAGUGACACCAGAGACUGAACACAGUGAUGCACUCAGUGAAGCUGACACUGAAAUCCUAUCAUCUCCUGGGUCCUCCAUGAGCACCAGAACAUUGCAGUGGCCAGGGGAGUUUGAGAUCCCGAAGUUCUCGGUUGAUGUGGAGUACCGUCUUCGCCAAGGGAACCUGCUGUAUCUCAGGGAUGGAGCUAAUCUGAAGGUGACCAAAGAACUUAAACAUGACAUUCUGCAAAAAUUGGCUGAAACUAUGUACACGUUUCAACCCUAUCCGGACCCCGGAAACUUUGAAGAGGUUGCAAAAGCCUUAGUUCAGACUCAUCCGUGUCUGAAAGAACGAGGUUCGUCUAGUGGCUUCGCUGGAUGGGUCAAUAGCCUGAAGUUCAAAAUGGGCAACUACCGGACCAAACUCAGACAGAUGGGACGACGUGACGUAACCAUUAACAGCAGGAGGCGUGGCGGGAUGUCUCCAGAUGGUGAGCACCCUCGCAAGAACAUCAAGAAAGCAAAGAAGGGGGAACUUAACUUCUUACCAGAUUUCCCAGACGGGAUGGACGAGGACAAGCUGGAGGAGCUCCGUCAGCAUCUCGCACAUGAAAUGAAGAAGGCCCAUCCGAGUACGGCCAUUGUCAACAGGUACAUGGACCUCACCUUUGCCUUGCGCCGGAAGGAAGCAGUCCACGACAAGCCACCAAUUGCUGAAAUAUUGCACAGAUGGCCUGCCCUAUUCACAGAGAGUCAGAUUUGCUACGAGUUCAACAGAAUCGUCGGCAAGAAUCUCAGCAUCAGUUUUUUGCAAGCCCUUGACCAGAUCGCCCCCAACAUGAUUGAGAUCUUCAAAAAGAAAACCGGUACCAUGGGCCAGAAGCUGAAUCAGAUUAUUCUAGAGGCAAAGACAACUACACCAACAGACAUUAGGUGCCUGGUUCUACGUGGACUGCCAGUCAUCUUGGGUGAUGAUCCAGGAGUCUUUUUUAGGACCAGCUCUGAUGCCACUGAUGAAUUAGUUGCUGAAACGGCCGUGGGCCUACUCAUGUCGCCAGCUGACGGUGCUCACCAGCCACCAUCCUGCAGCCACCAGCCACCAUCCUCUGGAGUGGCCAUCAUUCUGGAGGGGAGCAUCCUGAUGGCUGACAUUGAAACUCUGCCCCAAGCUUUUUACAUCCUCUUUGGGCUUGUGUACGCCUUACAUCUCGACUACCCCAGGUACAUGAGAAACACCUUCAACUUUGUGCAACAUGUUCUGCUGAACAUCGGUAAAGAGAAGCUAAACGCAAAAGUGCAAACGUUGAAGAACCAGCUCACAAUGUAGGCCUUUGUAUUAUCUUGCCCCCUCUCAGUUACAGUAUUUCUAUUUGUAAGUAUAUCUGUUAACA